UUGAGAGAAAUCAUGGUGUUGACGCUAUAUAAACUGGAUGCAAGUCCACCAGUACGAUCUGUGUUAAUGGUUAUUCACGCAGCAAAUAUUCCCGAUGUUAAAUUUGUGGACGUCAAUUUUUUUGCAGGCGACCAUCUAAAAGAAGAGUAUCUGAAAUUAAAUCCGCAACACACUAUACCGAUCUUGACAGAUGACGAUUUUGCCAUAUGGGACAGUCAUGCAAUAGCUGUUUAUUUACUGACUUUGCAUAGUAACAAUAAAUCUUUAUACCCAACGGAUGCUAAGAAGAGGGCAGUCAUAGAUCAAAGACUGCACUUCGACAGUGGUAUACUAUUCCCUAGCUUACGCGGAGCAUUGGAACCGGUCCUUUUUAAGGGUGAAAAGGCGAUCAGACCAGAGGCUUUAGAAAAAAUUAAAUCAGCAUACGAUUUUUCUGAGAAAUUUCUUAUAAAUACCUGGAUGGCUGGAAAUGACUUAACAUUAGCUGAUAUAUGUUGCGUUUCUUCAAUUAGUACUCUGAAUGAGAUAAUUCCAAUCGACGCCAAAUUAUACCCUCAGCUCACUGCAUGGUUUGAGCGUUGCAAAGAGCAGGAGUUUUAUAAAAAGGGAAAUGAGCCAGGGGUAGAACAAAUACGUGGCGUAUUGAAGAGUAAACUUGGAUAA